GCAGAGGCACAUCUGAAAGUUGCAGGACUGCGGCCCUCGAGGACUGGAGUUUGAGACCCCUGAAUGAUCCAUCUUUGAUAAAUUUUAAAGCUGAGAUGACAAAGUAUUUCUGGAAUUAUUUUAAUUUAUAUUAAAUAUUUUGACAAGAGUUCAAAUAUAUGACAAUUGUAAAAUCUAAAGGAAUCGCAUAAAUUGGAGGACGAGAUAAAAGCUGCAUUUUCGUAACAUUUAAUUUUCUUAAAUUGAAACGCCGAGAACUAGUCUUAUUUUGAAGGCUCAACAUCAACUUCCGGCUGGGUAACUGCUACCGAUUGCUAACUUUCAGCGGUAAACAAGCUCUGAGGACUACCACAAGCUACAGUGGUCCCAAAUGCUUGCUUUUAGCGAAUUUUGAAACAGAUUCUUCGGAUAUCUGGCCCAUGCUACGUCUCGGAGAACCAUAAAAUCGCACAAAUCCUCUUCACGCGGCGGGGUUUGCGCUUCUUAGCCGGCUAGCUUGCUAACAUUAGCAUAGAGGAGUAGCCUGGUUGGACCCGAACAAACCUGAACGCGAUGUCGCUGGUGGAUCUGGGGAAGCGGCUGCUGGAAGCGGCUCGGAAAGGAAACGAUGACGAGGUCCGAAACCUGAUGGCCAACGGAGCGCCGUUCACCACCGACUGGCUGGGGACGUCGCCCCUCCACCUGGCCGCCCAGCACGGCCACUACUCCACCGCCGACGUCCUGCUGAGAGCUGGCGUCAGCAGAGACGCCCGGACCAAAGUGGACAGGACCCCGCUGCAUAUGGCAGCCGCUGAGGGACACACAGUCAUCGUAGAGCUGCUGAUCAGGAGCGGUGCGGACAUCAACGCCAAAGACAUGCUGAAGAUGACGGCUCUCCAUUGGGCGGCGCAGCAUGGACACCACGGCGUGUGCGACACCCUCAUCAAACACGGCGCCGACGUCCACGCGCGCAGCAAAUUCGAAAAGACGCCAUUCGACAUCGCAGCCGACAUCCAGAACACGGAGCUGAUGCUGAUGCUGCAGGAGAGCAUGCAGAACCAGGUUAACAUGAACCAGGUGAGCAUGAAUGUGGAGACGACCAGCACCACCAACCAGCCACAGUUUAUAAUCCAGGGAAUACCCGCCAUCCAGGGGGUGAACCUGGCGGAGCUGCUGAACAAGGCUAACGCAGGAGAGUCAGAGGAGGCGAUGGCAGCCAGUGCUCUGGACUCCAACAUCCAGCAUGCCACAGUGGUGAAUGAGAGCGGUCAGCGGGUCAUCACGAUCGUAACGGACCAACAUGGCAACCUUCAGACCACAGGGGGGAUGUCCCAGCCCUUCUUCGUCACAAUGCAGCACGGACAGCAGAUGCUCGCAGUGCCGGCCAACACGGUGACAGAGGAGGUGGUAACAGAGGAGCCGCAGCCUCCGCCCUCCAGGAAGAGGAAGCUGGAGGUGACCAACAACCACAACGACACAGGAGAGACUGAGCUGCUGCAGAGACAGCUGCAGGAAGCUAACAGGAAGGCUCAGGAGUACCGGCAGCAGCUCCUCCGUAAGGAGCAGGAAGCCGAGGAGUACCGCAUGAAGCUGGAGGCCAUGGCUCAGAGUCAGGCCAACACCAGCAACGGCAACGCCGCGGCCGGCGCCAACGCCGCCAGCCCGGAGGAGGUGGUGGGGGGGGAGGAUGAGGAGGAGGGCGCCGCCGGCGUAGUGGAGGAGGAAGGAGAGAUGGUGGUGCUGCAGGAAGGGGGAAUCAUCAUGGAAGGGGAGGAAGGUCAGGUGACGCUGGUAGAGACGGGCGGCGAGGCGACGCAGGUCAGCUCCUAACGCAGGAGGAGACGCAUCGUAACAGGAAGCGGCUGAUUGGACUCAUUUAACUGAGACAGAGGGAAGGAGCUGACUCACCACAGGAAGUACAGAGCAUCCGAGUCAAGAUGGAUUCCUUACUGAGAGACGGACCGACCAGGAAAGUUCAGCUCUGCUUCAUUUCAAACCCCAGAUGCUAACAGAUCAGCUGACCGUCGCUUCGAUGCGAUCCAACAGAAAGGGAAAAGAUGCAUGAGCUGACAUGGACCUUCAUGUCGUGUUUGCUUUACGUUGUCAUCCGUCUGCGAAGUUCAAUGUGAGGAAAUGUGGGAAUGCUUCGGCACGGAGACAAACGUUUCUGUUCCCGAUAGAACUACAAUCUGCUUCCCUGUUCGAAAUGUGACACAAAGGAAACUUAGACCUUCAGUUUGGCCUAAUUCAAGAUGGAACAUCGGAGAAUCGGAGCCACGCUAGGAAAUAAAAAAAUAUAAAAUCA